CGUAGUAAUUUUAUCUAGAUCUCUUUACUUACAGUAAGUUGUUAAAGCAUUUGAAACGUACUUCAUGGUUAAUAUAUUGUAUCAGAUUUCUUUUCUGUACCAAAGUCAUUUGAACAUUUUUCACAUCAUCCUUGCAUAUCAAGUGUAUGAUUGUAGUGGCUCCCAGUUAAUUAAUUUAUUUUGAAAAGAACCGUCGGAUGCGUCGUGAGCGGCUUGACGUUGGCAGGACGGGGCGCUGAGGCAGGUAAAGGUGUUCGCGCGCGCGUGUGUUUGUCUGUUUAUGAAUGUCGGGGGUGGCGGCGUGAAGACGAAGAGACGGACUGAGGUGGAGGACGAGCGAGGAUCCGCAGCCGAGCAGGAAGCGCUGGCAGGACGCAGGGGAGGAUGUCGGAGAGGAUCGCUUCGUGCGGGAGCCUGUAUGACAGCACCAACCUGCUGCUACAGUACUGCAACAAUGACGACACGGUGUCGGCCAGCAGUAACAUGGACAUGGAGGACCGGGUCUCUCACCUGGAGCAGAGGCUGCAGCUGCAGGAGGACGAGAUCCAGCUGCUGAAGUCCGCUCUGGCCGACGCGCUGCGCCGGCUGGGCUGCUGCGAGGAGCAGAGCCUGGGAGCAGUGCAUUCUGGGAGGAGGCCUCUGGCCAGCGCGGCCUCCGCGCCGCCCACCAAGGUGCGUCAGCUCCUGCAGGCGCUUCCGUCCAGACCGCUCAGCAACGGCUGCGUGCAACAGAAACGCCUCCUCUCGUCUCCUUCGUCUCCCAAGAAGGAGGUGUUGCAGUCCAUUAAAAGGAAGAGCAUGUCCACAGAGCGUCUCACCCUGGUGAGGAGGGAGAUGGGGCUGGAGAGUCGCAGUCGAACCACCUCCUCCAGCAGCUCCUCCGGGAGCAAAAGUAAAACCAAAGAAUGCAGCUUCAAUGCAGAGGACGGCUACGUGAGGAUGUUCCUCCGAGGCCGUCCCGUCACCAUGCACCUCCCCGACCAGCAGAGGGGGCGCUACAGCCUGGAGCAGAAGGCCGAGCUGCCUGCUCACAAGCUCAAGCUGCAGUGGGUAUACGGCUACCGAGGCCGCGACUGUCGCUCCAACCUCUACCUGCUGCCCACGGGGGAGAUCGUCUACUUCAACGCCUCGGUGGUGGUGCUGUACAACCUGGAGGAGCAGCAGCAGAGACACUACCUGGGCCACAAUGAUGACGUCAAAUGCCUCAGUGUUCAUCCUGACAUGGUUACCAUAGCAACGGGACAGGUGGCCGGGAACUCUAAGGAUGGAAAGCUGCUGCCGCCUCACGUUCGCGUCUGGGACUCCGUGAGCCUCAACACGCUGCAUGUGCUUGGGAUGGGGGUGUUCGACAGAGCGGUCACCUGCGUGGCUUUCUCCAAGUCGAACGGCGGCACCUUCCUCUGCGCCGUGGACGACGCCAACGACCACAUCCUGUCAGUCUGGAACUGGCAGAAGGAGAAACAAGUGGCCGAUGUAAAGUGCUCCAACGACUCGGUUCUGGCUGCUGUGUUCCAUCCCAUGGACGCCAACCUGAUUGUCACCUGUGGGAAGUCUCACAUCAACUUCUGGACGGUGGAGGGAACCACGCUCACCAAGAGGCAGGGCCUGUUCGAGAAACACGAGAAACCCAAGUACGUGCUGUGCGUGGCCUUUGCUGAGAAUGGCGACGCCAUCACAGGAGACUCCAGUGGGAACAUCUACGUCUGGGCCAAAGGCGGUAACCGCAUCAGCCAGGUGGUGCCCGGGGCCCAUGAGGGCGGGAUCUUCUCCAUCUGCGUCCUGAAGGACGGAACCAUGGUUUCUGGAGGAGGGAAGGACCGCAAGGUGGCGCUGUGGGACCACAGCUACAGUAAGAAGGCUGAGCUGGAGGUGGGCGAGUUGUUCGGUCCGGUCCGAGCUCUGGCCGAGGGAAAAGCAGGAGAGCUGUUUGUUGGAACCACCAAAAACUCCAUCGUGCGCGCGUCCUUCCCUGAUUCGCUGACGCCCAUCGUGCAGGGUCACACUGACGAGGUGUGGGGGCUGGACGCCCACCCCUCCAUGGAGCAGUUCGUCACCUGUGCCCAGGACAAACAGGUCCACCUCUGGGACUCGCACUCCCAUCAGCCCCUGUGGACCAAGACCAUCGAGGAUCCAGCCAGGUCCGUAGGUUUCCAUCCCAGCGGCGCUGUUGUGGCUGUGGGGACAAUGACUGGAAGGUGGCUGGUGCUGGACACUGACACCCGGGAUCUCGUGUCUGUGCACACAGAUGGUAAUGAGAUCAUUUCCGAUGUCAAAUACUCUCCAGAUGGAAACUUCCUGGCUGUCGCCUCCCACGACAACUUUGUUUACAUCUACGCUGUGACGGAGAACGGACGGAAGUACAGCCGAGCGGGGAAAUGCACCGGCCACUCCAGCUUCAUCACCCACGUGGACUGGUCCAAAGACAGCCAGCACCUCGUCACCAACUCAGGAGACUACGAGAUCCUCUUCUGGGAGGCGUCCAGCGGUAAACAUGUGACCAACAUGGACGCGGUGCGGAACCUGGACUGGGCCACCUCCAGCUGCACUCUGAGCUUCAACACCUUCGGAGUGUGGCCGGACGGAGCAGACGGCACCGACAUCAACGCCACAGGCAGGUCCCGCGGCGGCUCCCUGCUGGCCUCGGCCGACGACUUCGGCAAAGUGCACUUGUUCUCCUUCCCCUGCUGUCAUCCAAGGGCUCCGAGCCACGAGUACAGUGGCCACAGCAGCCACGUGACCAACGUUGCCUUCCUGCACGACGACAGUCACCUGAUGUCCACCGGCGGGAAAGACACCAGCAUCCUGCAGUGGGUGGUCGCCUAGGCAACGCCAUCCUCCGCUUCUCCAGGCCCGUGACCUCGCUGACCUUCACCUAGUCACUGUUUUAUCCCCCCGCCACCAGGGGGCAGCGCCUCCUCUGUGCCUACUAGAAAUACACCACUGACCAACUCAGAUGUCACACUGGAUGAGAUCCUUGUAAUAAUGUCCUCCUGCUUGUAAUAGAUUGUAGAUAGGGGUGUUGUUUCCCUGCAGAAAGUGAGUCCCACUGUAAGUAGUGCUGGUGGGUCACGGAGCGGCUGUGAUUGUCAGCAUUAGUACUAACUGUGCCUAAACCGUAUUCACCCCCUUUAAUGGAAAUUCUGUUUUAAAUGACUCGUUUAGUGGUUUGCUCUUUUAAGAACAUGUGAGCACUUUAGUGGCUGCUCUUCACAAGAAGAACACCAGCUGGUCAGACCACAAUGUAUAAAACUGAAUUAGUUAGUUUUACAAAAUGUCAAGUGUCCACUUCAUGAUUUGAAAUCAACCCUUAAUAGCUGAGGUCAUGUCAUGUCUUCCGUCCAGGGCAGCGGCGCAGUCCCAGCCCCCGUCCUUCUCCAGCUCUCUCUCGUUUGGCAGAGACUGUGGGCACCAGCAGGACGGGGGCCCUUGGGGACUGGGAGUCCUGGUCUGGUGUCCUCCUGUCAACAUGCGUCACAGAGUCACAGAUUAAAAUAAAAAUCAAGGCUGGGAUAAAUGUCUAAUGUAAUAAAACUGAAUGUGACCCCAUUCAUCCAAAGUCAGUGUUGCUGUUCAUAGAAGGAAGGGAUGCUCUGCUUUGCUGGGCUCGCAUUGUUAUAGGCUGCAGGUGGAAACGGUACAUUGGCUCCUCAUUGUGCUGCUGCGCUUGAUUGUACUGUACUGUAAACGCCAUUCAGAGGCACUAGAGGGCGCUAAACCCCAGAGAAUGAGCAUGACUUUGGCUGCCCUUAAACUGCAGAUGCUAUUACGUCAUAAAGGUCUAUAGAUAAUAUAUAUGAUGCAGUAUAUCCGAGUGGCUGUGUUAUCUUAAUAUUUAACUCUAAUAAUGAUGGAUGUUAUUAUUCUUGUGGCACUUUUAGCUUCGACAGAAGGGAAUUGUAGGCUGACGUGACGUAGAAGUAAUUGAGAUGUGCUUUGCCUUUGUUUGUUGUUUUGUUAAUAAAGUUUUUACCCAAGUUA